CAAGAUCAUUCCCAUAUGCCAUUACACAAACAACACUGACAAAAUCAGUUUUUUGUUUAUGUGUUGACAUUAAGACACAAUAAGAGGAACUUGGAUUACUCAAAAAAGUGACAUAAUAGUAUAUAUAUAGUGUGAUGAUAACCUGAGGAGGAAGAGGAGGAGGAGGAGGAGGAACAGUAUUUGUCUGCAGUGAUAAUUCCUUGAUUGGGGUAUUGUUUACUACUUGAUUGUUGGUCUAGUAUUAAUCUUGAUGUAAUCUCUGCUAAUCUGGAUGUUAAUUACUGAAGUACCACUGGCACAAUAAUUAAAUACAAAUCAGCUUUCUUAAAUAUUUGAAAAUUCUACAGGAAUACAAGAACUUUGAGAAAGCACUGUAAUAAGAUGACUUCAGGACAUGACAUGACUGGCUACCAGAGACUAUAUAAGGAUGAAGCAAUGGAGAGAGAAGAUGAGUUCCUGUAUAAAUACAAAGGAAUCUAUUUAUACUCUAAUGCGUCCUCACCCGAAAGUAUAGAUUCACUGGACACUUUUGAAAUCCGAGAUGAUGAUAUAUUCAUAAUCACAUAUCCUAAAUCUGGCACAAUAUGGACUCAGAAUAUUGUCAGCUUGAUUCUUCAUGAAGGUCAUCGAGAUGAAACUGAAAAUAUUACCCUGCUUGACCGAGCACCAUGGCUGGAGUAUAAUCUCUUGCAUGUAGAUUUUAUCAGUCGCCCAUCACCUCGUCUCUUUACUUCCCAUCUGCCCUACUAUUUGGUACCCAAAGGAUUACGAAGUAGAAGAGCAAAAGUAGGACAUAUUUUGCUAACUUGUGAGAUUAUUUAUGUGCUUAGAAAUCCAAAGGAUAUCUUGGUUUCUAGCUAUCAUUUUAAUAAUACUAAUAAUAAUAAUAAAGACUUCAGUACUUUCUUUGAGAAGUUUUUGGCUGGCAAAGUGCUUUGUGGUUCGUGGCUAGACCAUGUAGAAGGCUGGUAUGCUCAUAAGAGUAAUUUCAAUAUUCUCUUCCUUUUUUAUGAAGAAAUGAAAAAGGAUCUGAGAAGUUCUGUACUGAAAAUAUGCAACUUCCUAGGAAGAGAACUAACUGAAAAGGAGGUGGAUGAUGUGGUGGAUAAAGCUGCACUUAAUAACAUGAAAGUGGAUUCUAGAACAAACUACAGAUUCUUGUUUACUGAUAAGAUGGUUCUUAGGAAAAGGAUCUUUCUUCGCAAAGGCACUGUUGGGGACUGGAAGAACACCAUGACUGUUGCCCAGAGUGAAAAGUUUGACCAUGUCUUUAAGGAGAGGAUGGAAAAACUGCCCUUCGAGUUCUGCUGGGAUAUUCAGGAGGAUCCUAAGCCUAUUUCCAGCUCAGUGGAGGAAAAUAAUGUGUGAUGCACACCUUCAAAUGGCUUGAAUUAGAGAUGACCUUCCAAGAACGGUCUUUAUGUAACCUUGUAAUGUUUAAUUCACAACUUUGCAGAGAUCAUCAAACAGAGUAACAUUAAAUUCUGUGCUAUUAUUACAUAUAAUAGAAACUGCAGAAAACAGUUACUUGUACUUCCUUCUGAAAUUUUUACUAUCCUUUGUAUUUUGAUUCCAUAAAUAAAGCCAAAUGCACUAGA